GCUCAUCUUUGGGUAAUAUAUGCUCCCUACGGUCCUUUCCUUGAUAUAUCUGAAGUAAUUCUGGCUUUAAAUCCGGCAAACCACAACUUGAAUCUUAAAAUUAUUCCUAGGAAGUGAAAUUUUGGGCCUAGACGCUUUCCUGGUUCUUUCUAGGACAACCGUUCGAGCCGGCGGAAGUCUCUCCGCGACCACGCGACGUGCAUUGUGCAUCCAGCAAGUCUCCUGCGAUCCCUAAUACUCCCGGCCUUGGGAACACAAUUGCUGUUUCAUUAGUUUCAAAAAGACAGGAAAACUAUAUAAACCCCUCAGCUCCUUCGUAUAUUUUUUUACCAUUUUUUAAGCACCUUUACACCAAUAAUUGUCUACCCACCAAACAAACCGCCCUUCUAUCAUAUAGCCCACACCAUGUCUAUCACUCUCGGCCAAUAUCUCUUCGAAAGAAUGAACCAGCUCCACGUUAAAACAAUCUUUGGGGUGCCUGGUGACUUCAAUUUGCUGCUUUUGGAUUAUAUAUCCGAGGUUCCGGGCAUGAGAUGGGCCGGGAACGCCAACGAACUCAAUGCCGCCUACGCCGCUGACGGCUAUUCCCGUGUGGCUCGAUUGGGCUGUAUUGUCACCACAUUCGGUGUCGGCGAAUUGUCCGCGUUGAAUGGGAUUGCCGGUGCCUAUGCAGAACAGGUUGGUCUCGUACAUGUUGUUGGGGUGCCGGCCAUGUCGUCUCAAAACAAUAAGUUGUUGUUGCAUCACACCUUGGGUAACGGAGACUUUACCGUUUACAGAAAGAUGUCUGCUCACUUACUGAAUGUCAACGUGAUGUUA